AUGAGCAAGUCGGAUAUGAGCAUGGAGAAUAUCGUGCAGAAGACGCAGUUCGAGAGCACCAGACGCUGGAAUAUGAUGAUAUUAUUGUUCUACAAGACGGUGCCGCGCAACCAGAACCGGCAUUAUUGGAAAAUCUAUCCGAAUUCGUUCACCGGAAGAGCUGCGGUCGACGCAAUGUGCGAUGUUUUGGCGGAGGUGUUCCCCAACAGACUGUCGGAAAGGUAUGUCUAGACCACUUUUUCUCACUCAUUCUUACCUUUUCUCACAAUUUAGGCCUAAUUUUCAACAAUUUUUAUAUUACACUUGUCAUCCGAUAUUGUUUUAGGUCGGUGGCCAACAAAGUGAUGAACAAAUUCUUUGCGCAAGGCAUUGUAAUUGGCGCCAACUCCAGUGUGCACAUUUUCCGCGACGAUAAGGAUGUUUUCUACCGAUUCGGCGACCUCGACAACACUGUGACGGAUUCCAUUGGCCUGCUCGAUGUUCCCACCGUCCCCAGACGCUCCGUUUCCAUGGAUGAGACUAACAAUGUGCUGCAGAAGCGACGUCUGGCCUGUGACUUCAGUGAUGUGCUGUUUGAUGAGCAAAAAGCGCAAUCUUCUUGCGCUUCGUCAACCUCUUCCAUUGAUUGUACCCAGUAUGAGGUUCCGAUGUCCAAAAAAGAUCGAAAAAAGGCUGUGAACGCUGCGUUAUUGCGGUUCAUCCAAUGGGUCAACGACUCCUCGACGGUGUCUGAAAUGGAAAGACAGAAAUUGGUUCGAAAAGUAGGGCUUUGCGAAAAAUUAUAUUGUUUUAGGUAUCAUUCAUUGAAAAUCAAAAAAAAAUUAGUUUUAAUGCGUUUUCCUUGAUUCAAAAUGCGCCUAUAUUGAAAGAUUAUAUAUUUUUUGAGCUAAUGAAUUCUAUUUCAGUUCAAAUCGCACUACCCUCGCAUCUACAGCGAGUUUUUGGCGCGAAAGUCGACCGAAAAACUUUUCGAGCAAGUUCACUCCGAACGCAGCCAAGACGAAAUGUCCGCCGAUCACAUUGAUUUCGAGACCUCUUCCUACGACGGAACCGACUCGCAAUACGCCUCGGCCUCCUCUUCGUCCACCUCAUCCAUCCAGCAUGUGGAUUCGGACCUUCUGGAUCAGCGUCUCCUCGAAAAACUGAACCAAGUCUGUGAGGAUCCCAUCUACACGGACGAGGAGAAGAACAAGAUCAUCAGAUAUGUAAGUUUUUUUAUUUUUCCAUUACACUUCCGGAUUUUGUUUGCUUUCGAGCCAGUUUUCCCGUUAAUUCACCUAGUGCAAUUGUAAUAUUUUCGUACUCCCACGGGAAGUUUUUAUAAAAACAGCUGUAGAAUCGCGUGUUCGGCAUGAAAACAAGUUUGGGUUGGGAAAAUAGCACAGGUCACAAAAUUUACCAUCAAUUUUUGACAAGGAUUACUUAAAAAGGAAAGUACUUCUAUGGGGUAUGGAUUACAGGUCGUGAUAUACCAGAAAAUUCGCAAAAUUUUUCUGAUUCAGAAUAUGUAAAUGUUAGCUGCCUAAUUUUGGUUUGUAAGGGUGAAAAAAAUCCUCAGAACUUUUCUUGCAGCAUCAAGCAAAUGCCUUUUUGACCAAGUUUUUGCCAAAUCAAAAGCUUUGUUUUGAGCUAAAGUACACCCUGACAUCUUGACAAGCCUUAUAACAUCAAAUUUGAUUAAUACUACAUCUUGAUUAGUAGGUCAAAUAUAAAAAAUAAGGCUUGUCAAGAUGCCAGGGUUUACUUUAGCUCAAACAAAGCUUUUGAUUUGGUAAAAACUUGGUCAAAAAGGGAUUUGCGUGGUAUUGCGUGAAAAAAGAAAAGUUCUGAGGAUUUUUUCACCCUUACAGACCAAAAUUAGACAGCUAACUUUUACAUAUUCUGAAUCAGAAAACUUUUUCGGUUUUUUGAUGUAUGUCUCGACCUGUAACUCCAUACCCCAUAGAAGUACUUUCCUUGUUAGGAAAUCCUUGCCAAAAAUUGAUGGCGAAUUUUGUGACCUGUCCUUUUCCCAGCCCAAAGUUGUUUUCACGCCAAACACGCGAUUCUACAGCUGUUUUUAUAAAAAAAAUUUCCGUGGGAGUACGAAAAAUAUUACAAUUCGGAUUUUGCAAAGAAUUGUAAGAUCAGACGGAUAGAUUUGUCGGAGAAGGUAAAGCGAUACCGUCCGAGUAGAGGAGGUUGACGUCAGCGGGUGUGCAAAAAAAAAACUCGUCCGCUUUUUUGUAUUUGUUUGUGUCCUUGAACUUGCUCAUGAAUAAGAUUGCACAGGUUUUUUGGGCGCAGAUUCGUGUUUAUUAUGAUGAAAUGAAGGGUGGAGGAGGAUGUGGGACGCAAUAGCAAACUGAUUAGCGGAUGUUUACACCGAAAAAUAUGGGGGUUUUCCGGGAAAACUGGAUUUUUCUGCUAAUUUUGCUUAUGUUUUGCAUUUUUUGAAUUUGCUUGACGAAAAAUAAUGUCGUUUGAUUUCAGUACCGCCGAUUCUACCCGCAAAUUUACCAUCAACGCUUCCCCGAGGAGAAUCAUCCAUUGCUGAAGCGGCUACGCAACCUUUUCCCCAGGCUGAAUGAGAAGUUGAUGAGCUAA